UUCUUAACCACUGUACCGGCAAGGCUCAUACAUAAUAUAUAAUAUAAUAUAACAUAAUAUAAUAUAAAAUAUAAUAUAAUUUUUUUUCCCCUGAAUCACUUGAGAAUAUGCUGAAAACAUUGUGCUCCUUUAAGGUGUAGUUCCUAAGAACAAAGACUUUCCCCUAUAAAACCACAACCCAAUUAGCAAAAUCAGGAAAUUGAACGUUGGUACAAUAACGUUACCUAGGUCAUAGUUCAUAUUACAGUUUCCUUGAUCUCCUAAUAGUGUCCUUUACAGUUACCUUUCCCUCCACUCCAGGAUCAUGCAUUGCAUCAAGCUGCCAAUCUCUUUAAACGAGUUGCCAUCAGGUUGACUCUGAAUCACUCUGUGUGUGUCACAGUAGAACUGUGCUCCAUAGGGUUUUCAAUGGUUGAUUUUUCAGAAGUAGAUUGCCAGACUAAUGACCAACCUUCCACUUAGCAGCUGAGUGCUUAACUGUUUAUAACACCUGAGGACUCCAAUCUCUUUAGUCUCUCUUAACCUGGGACAGUUGUUCCGUCUUUCUUUGUGGCACUUCGACCUUGAUAUUUUUGAAGAAUAUCAGCUAGCUCCUUUGUAGAAAGUUCUCCAUUUGGGGCUUGUCUGAGGCUUCCUCUCUGUUAGACUUAGGUUAGUGCUUUCCGUCAGGAUAUCAGUAAAGGAUGCCAAGCUAUGUCCUUCCUCCUCAUUUUGCCCUUUUUAGGUCGUCUUGAUAUCAUUUUGCUCUCAUGCCAAUGACACUGGGUUUGAAGAGUGGUUUAAGUUGGUAUCCUCUGGAUUUCUCCACAUUAAUUAUUCGGUAUUUGUAAUGAAUAUGUAAUUUUGGGAGAGAUCCUCCAAGACUAAGUAAAUAUGCUAUUCCUCAUCAGACGUUCACCCACCGAUUUUGGCAUCCAUUGACGAUUUUCUAUCAUUUCUUCCAUAUUUAUUAGUUGGCACUGUAAGGAAGAACUUUCUCUUCUCCUCUAUUUAUUUCUUUAUUAUUUAUAUCAGUGUGGAUUCAUGAAUUCUCAUUUUAUUGAAUGUGCCAUAAUCAUUACCAUUAUUUGAUGCUCAAAUUGCCUCAGACUUGGCCAGUGGGAGCCCAAUCAAGUUGUUGCGUAUGUCUUUUUUAUUUUUUUUUUCUGGCCCCUAUGUCUUUUUGACAAGUCCCCAUGAUCCUUUGAGCACUUCUUGCUUUCUGGGGCAAAAGCUGUUCCAGGUUCAUCUUGUGCUUUCCCUGUUCCAGCUCUGGAAUUCAGGCAUUUUUCCAAGAAGCCCUGGUUCCUUUUGGAGGAGAACAGUAUUGAGAAACCAAAGUCAAGGAACUGGGAGCUCAUUCUACUGUGUGUCAUUGCUCUUAGCCCCUCUCAGUAGACAGAGCCAGGAAAUAUGUGCUUGAAACACACACACACACACACAUCUAUAUUCUAUCUAUCUAAUCUAAUCUUUAAAAUAAUGAGCUCAUACUAAUUCCUCAAUUCCAAUAUAACAACCCAAGACCCUCCAAGGCACUUUGAGAGGCUGCUGGCCAGAACGGUACAAGGAAGAAGUUCUGGCUGCCUUCUGACAGCCAGUUAUGAAUCUGAGGAGUGAAGAAAACCAGAAAGUUUUCAUUAUACCUUGUGGGUUUUUUUGUUUGUUUGUUUAACUUUAGCAGCUUUAUUGAGAUGCAAUUGACUUAUAAUAAACUGCAAAUAUUUAAAGUGCAGAAUAUAAGUAUUGACAUAUAUACACUUGAGAUAUCAUCAUACAAUCAAUAUAGUGAACGUAUCUAUUACCUCCAAAGGUUUCCUUAUGCCUUUUGCGCCCCUCCCAGGCAACCACUGAUCUGCUUUCUGUCACUAUAGAUUAAUUUUCAUUUUCCAGAAUUUUAUAUAAAUAGGAAUGUACAGUAUGUACUCUUUUUGCCUGACUUCUUUCACUUAGCAUAAUUAUUUUGAGGUUUGUCUGUGUUGUUGCUGUAUCAAUAGUUUGUUCUUUAUUCCAUUAUGUGGAUAUUUUAUUCAUCUAUUCACUAGUUGAUUAACAUUUGGGUUGUUUCCAGGUUUGGGUUAUUACAAACAAAGCUACUAAGAGCGUUUGUGUGCAAGUGUUUGCGUGGAUAUAUGUUUUCAAUUCUAUUUAGUAAAUACUCAGGGGUGGAAUGGCUGGAUCAUAUGGUAAGCAUGAGUUUAACUUCCCAAGAAACUGCGAACUGUUUGCCAAAGUGGUGAUGCCACGCAUUAUAUUUUGAAAACUACUAUACUUCCAGAAAAGCAGGGUAGGUCAUGAUGUUAUGGAAAGGAAGCCAACAGGUUAGGUUUGGAUUUAUGAAGGAGAAUAUUUGCUUCUAGAACCUUGAGAUGUGGAGUUGGAUUUGUUUCUUUGGAAUAUACUUGCUAGGAGUAUAAAAGGAAAUGCCAGCUCUGGCACAGAGAUCUUCCGUGAAGGGAGUAAGCUGUUGUUCCCUUGGUUAUAGAGGGGUGAGCUUUAAAGAGACUCAAAACACAUAAAAAUAGCAACAGAGAUUUAUUCCAGUCAGCUCUGAGGCCCUUUGCAUUAGGGAAUGUGAAUCCUCCUCUUCUUUGGAAAACAAGCCUAGGACUUCCUUUUCCUGCUGGAGUCUUAGGGUGAAUAGAAAAAAGUGCCCAUCUUUCUGACCUGAGCUUCCUGAUGGAGCAUGCAGAUCAGAAGCAGGCUUGCAUCUGACCCACCAUGACAACCACAGAAUUCACAAGCCUUAUCCUUAAUAUGUCUGAUGAAUACAGCUAUGAUUCAGCGUCCUCCGAAAUGUACGAGUACAUAAACAACUUUGCUGACUUAUUCUGCAAGAAAAACAAUGUCCGGCAGUUUGCGAGCUAUUUCAUCCCACCCUUCUACUGGCUCGCGUUCAUUGUAGGGACUUUGGGCAACAGUCUGGUCAUCCUUGUCUACUGGUACUGCACAAGAGUGAAGACCAUGACCGACAUGUUUCUUUUGAAUUUGGCGAUUGCUGACCUUCUCUUUCUUGUCACUCUUCCCUUCUGGGCCAUUGCUGCUGCUAACCAGUGGAAAUUCCCGAGCUUCAUGUGCAAACUGGUCAACAGCAUGUACAAGAUGAACUUCUAUAGCUGUGUGCUGCUGAUCAUGUGUAUCAGUGUGGACAGGUACAUUGCCAUUGUCCAGGCCAUGAAAGCACAGAACUGGAGGCAGAAAAGGCUUCUGUAUAGCAAAAUGGUUUGUUUCACCAUCUGGGUGAUUGCAGUUGUGCUCUGCAUUCCAGAAAUCCUGUAUAGCCAAGUCAAUGGGGAACCUGGCUUUGCCGUCUGCACCAUGGUUUAUCCUAGAGAUGACAGCACGAAACUGAAGUCAGCUGUCCUGACCCUAGAGGUCAUUGUGGGGUUCUUCCUUCCCCUUGUGGUCAUGGCUUGCUGCUACACCAUCAUCAUUCACACCCUGCUACAAGCCAAGAAGUCAUCCAAGCACAAGGCCCUAAAGGUGACCAUCACUGUCCUUACUGCCUUCCUUUUAUCUCAGUUCCCCUACAACUGCAUCCUGUUGGUGCAGACCAUCAAUGCCUACACCAUGAUCAUUUCCAACUGCACCAUUUCCACCAACAUUGACAUCUGCUUCCAGGUCACUCAGACCGUCGCCUUUUUCCACAGUUGCCUGAACCCUGUGCUCUACGUUUUUGUGGGUGAAAGAUUUCGCCGAGAUCUCAUGAAAACCCUGAGGAACUUGGGAUGCAUCAGCCGGGCUCAGUGGGUUUCGUUCACGAGGAGAGAGGGGAGCUUGAAGCUAUCGUCUGGGUUGCUCGAGACAACCUCGGGGGCUCUCUCCCUCUGAGGUAUCUUCUCUGAGGUAGAUGGUCCUUUUGGAAGUAACAAGAAAUAAAGGCUCACCUUCCCCACUGAGGGGACCAGAGAGAAACUGAGGAAGAAAAAGGAAAUGAGAAAAGUAAAAACAACGCAGAAAGGGAUGAAGCUGAACGUUAUAAGUCAGAAUUUGCCACACCAGAGUUUUCAAAGCUGACUGGCUACCCCAGGAGACCAUUGUUCCCCUCUUGACUGCAAUACCUGUGACUUUCAAGGAGGGCUAAUGGACAGCACCACAGACCAUGCUGGCUUUGCCUCCUGCCUGAGCAUUAAUACAUCUGCCCUCUAGAAGAAGGGCUUGAUUAUCUUGGUGUGCUGGGAAAUGCUUGGCUUCAGGUCUAAUGCAACCCCUAGAAGGAAACACAAGAGCCCUGGCCACUGUCAUAUUCCACAGAAGCAGAAAGUUUCAUGGAAACAUCUAUCUUUGGGGAAUUUCUAUCCUAGUUUGGGGGCCUGCCUGAUAACCAUGCCGGGUCUUAUGGAUUCUCCAAGCAGCCUCAGAUAUAACUCCCUUUUGGCAUCCUUCUUCUGUUCUGGGCCAGUAAGGGUUUUUGUUCCUGCUUUGAAACCAUCUGCAGGACUGGUCUGUGAUGUCCUGAGCAGCUGACUACAUCCCCAAGUCACCUGAUCCUGUUGGCUCCCCUCACAUUUCUGUGUCCUGCUGGAGGUUCUGUGAUUCCACACCUGCUGUAGGGUUGAUCUGGGUGCGGAUCCAGCUUGUCCCCUGAUGUUAUGUCAGUGGCUCUCCCGGCACAUGCAGGGACAUCGACAAUUGCAUUGGCAGGAAUAAGCCCUGGCUGUUCUCGGCUCACUCUGCCAAGCUGCACUGUUGCUGGUCCACUCCAUCUGCUGCCUUAUAAAAUGGGUUGGUCCUACUGAGCCUGUUCCUUCUGGAGCUGCUGGAAGGCUGUCUGCCUCCAUGUUUCUUCUCCUUUUCUUACUCUGUAGUGCUAACAUUUCCAAAAGCUUUCAAAUUAGAGAUUAGGCUGAAAAAAAGAAAUAUAAUUCACUUUUGCUUUGUGGCUUUCUUUUAACUACUUGGCCAGUUUAUCAUAUUUGAAAACAUUUCACAUAUUUGGAAAAGUCCUUUUUAAUGGAUAAUUAAUACUCUUCAUUGCUUGUCACUUUCUGCGCCCUGUCUCCAUAUUGUAAAUGUGUGCAAUCAAAGAUCAAAUAGCCAUGUUAAGAGUGCGAAGAGUAAGAGACUGGAUAAGGAAAUAAAAUCUCCAAUUAUGUUAAAAGCAUCUUGGGUGACUAGUCUGUUUGUUUGUUUUUUACCCCUCUCCUCUGGCCAAAUUUAUUUCCCAAGGUUUUCCUAGUUAGUCAAAUAGAAUUUCCAAGGAGGAUUAUUUGAGCAGCAUCACUAACUACCCCUGGCUUUGCCACUUGCUCUAGAGGAAGUGUUCCAUUCUCCCAGUGCACUGUGAAUUUCUAACACCAUCCCUUCCGAAAACCAAAACCAAACCCAUUG